GUCAAUACAACUUGAACUCUUUCUAUGUUGUGUUGUUACUAAUGUUACUUGUUAGCCAGGAAAAUUAUUGAAAUUGUUUCUUCUUUUUGAGAUGUACAGUUAGAUACACUAAAAAUGUCCGCUGUUACUGCAGAAUAUUACGAAUUUAUUAAAAAAUUGGAGGAAAAUGAUGACAAAUUAAUAGCAAACCCCUUGGAACAGCCUGUUGACUUCGAGUUUAAUAAUUCCACGUGCCAUGUCUGCAACGGUUAUUAUGGGCCAAGUUUCGGAGAACCAGUGUGCGUGACUUGCCAUGCGUUUCUUUAUCCGAAUUUUCCGUCGUUUUGUCCUAAUUCUUACUACUACAGUGAGAAGACUGACGACGGAGAUUCAGGGAAUGACGAGCCUUCAGAUCUCAACUAUAGCUCAGACCGGAGGGUCAAUAGAGUCUGUAUGGUGCCGGCCAGCUGGUGGUACAUAAAUUCUGUAGAUAGUGAAAGCCCGGAAGAUGAAGCCAGUAACUCUGGCAAUGCAGCAAGCGCUGGUGCAAGUGGAAGCGGCAAUCACAGCAACACAAAUGGUAAUGGCUCUGCUCAUGGUCCAGACCAUCCAGACAUCGUUGACAAUGAGGAAGAAAUGCCCCAACCACUUGCCCUGAGGCCUGAACCACUGGCACUGAGGCCCCCGCCUUGUCUUGCACAUUCGUUGCAGGCCUUGUCUACUCCGCGCCCACCAGACAAUGUGGCACCUGAGUUAAUAGCACAGUUGCCAACUGAAGUACUGCUGGGCAUCUUCAGCUACCUGGACGACCUCUCCCUGAGCGCGUGCGGCGCCGUGUGCGCGCGCUGGCGCGGGCUGGUGCGCGCCCGCGUGCGCGCGCCGCGCUGGGCCGCGUUCGCCGCGCGCCGCUGGCCGCUGUACCGCCCGCUCACCAACAACAGGGACUGGUACAAGGUGUACCAGUCACUCGUGGAGUCCUGCUUCUGUCGCAACUGCCUCGUGCAGAUGUGCGUGCAGGCGCAGCCGCCGGGCGAGGAGAGCGCGUGGCGACACAACAGACUCCGCAUCGAGCUCAAGAUGAUGCGCAAUGACCCGCCGGAAGGCAUCGCGGCGACGCCGCUGGACGCGCGCUGCUGCCACUGGCAGGCCUCCGUCACCGGCCCCGCCGGCUCCCCGUACGAGGGCGGCAUCUUCUACCUGUACAUACAGGUGCCUUACGCGUACCCAAUGAGCCCACCGGUGGUCCGCUUCCUGACGCGCAUCCUGCACCCGAACGUGUCCCGGCACGGCGACGUGGGCAUCGACUCCGUGCACCACAACUGGUCGCUCGCGCUCACCAUCAGCAAAGUGCUCAUCUCUAUACAGAGCCUGCUCACGGACCCCUACACUGCCGUGUGCAUGGAACCGGAACUAGGCGAGAUGUACGUCCGCGACCGAGCGCGCUUCGAGAGCCUGGCGCGGCGCUGGACGUGGCGCUACGCCAUGCAAGACAUCCUGCCCUACUGAGGCUCCUGUCACCAUGCACAGACUAUACAAACUGACCGUUUACAAUUUACAAGUUGUUAUCUGGGGUUCCAAAUUAUCCAGAUAAUUAUAGUCUUUGAUAAAUAUUGGAAAUAUCUUACGGUAUUUGCCGAUAUAUUAUCGCUCCGUUAGCUCCGUCUGUGAUGGGCUUUAAAGUUGACUUGUUGAUGCGGAUUCUUGUUAAGAGCAUACUGUCGCCUGAAGAAAGUAGAACUUAUGAAAUAGUUUCUAACGCUUGGCAAUAUAUUCACGAAUACCUGCAUCAUAAAGCCAAGAGAACAAAUUGAUAAAUAUAAAGGCUAACUAAAAUACCUACAGUAGGCAUUUGCGAUUGUUAUUUAUGGCGAGAUACGCGGGAAUGAGUAUGAGUGAUAGCGGGGAUAGGGGCGUAAAUGUAACGUAACAUAUACCUACCAAAA